AUGUCUCUCGUCAACCUCUCCCACGUGUGUUCGCACUUGAACAAUGCCACCAAGGCCCGUCUCAGUCUUACCUCCAUCCCCAACAGCAACCUCCACCUGAAGCUGUGCAACGCCCUUCAGAACUCCGGCUACAUUUCCUCUGUCGUCCUACUCCUCCCCCCCGCCCACCCGAUCCUGGGAUACCCUGCCGCCAACGAUGAGGUGGAAGGCAUUGAGCCCGUCACUCUGGAUAACGUUGCGUCGCGACGCCUCUGGCUGGGUCUUAAGUACUGGCGCAACGAGUCAGUCCUUGGAAAGGUGAAGAUGGUCAGCAAGCCCACACGACGAGUUACGAUCGACGUCGAAGGCCUGCGACGAGUCGUGCGUGGCGAGGAUUCCGGUUAUGUGGGUGGUCUGCGUUCGCCAGGCGAGAGUCUCUUCCUCUCGACAGACCGUGGUAUUCUGGAGGCCCGCGAGUGUGUGGAGAAGAAGCUCGGUGGUCUGGUUCUGUGCCGCGUGCUCUAA